AUGUUAAAUGAAAUUUGCGAAAAUAUAAAAACGGCCAUUGUUCACGGUAGAACGGAUAUAAUUCGUUCUAUAUUAGACACAUGUGAUUCCAAUGCUUCCAACGGCGAAGUUACCAAAGAUAGAUUAUUAAAUAGUAAAAUAAUUCCCGAGGGAACGUUUCUACUCCUGGCAACGCAGUUGAAUCAAGCCGACGUUGUUAGAAAUUUACUGUCGAGCGGUGCGGAUCCAAACAUUUGCAAUGCAUUUCAAUCGGUGACCAACGAAGCCAUAAAACAAAUUUACGUCGAUGAAUUGCUCAGAGCGACAGCAUCAUCAGACGUGAACAGAGUCAAACAAAUAUUAGAUGCUGGUGUCGAUGUGAAUUGUGUCGACACGAAAGAAACGAAAAAUUCUCCAUUGCAUUGGGCUGCUUGUUAUGGAACUGGAAACGUUAUUAAAUUUUUAAUAGAUAGAGGUGCUCGUGUGAAUGCUGUUAACAGUUGUGGUGCGACUCCAUUGCACGAUGCCAUAUCGAGGGGAGCCAAAGAUGUUUGUUCCGAAUUGAUUAACAAUGGAGCUGAUGUUAACAUCGAGCCUCACAAAGGGUGGACCAAACCGGAUAUAUUAGAAUUAAUAAAUUUAAAAUUGAAAAAAAACGAAGAGGAAGAAGAUGGUGAGAGUUUGAAAAGGGAAGAAAUUACAAAAUUGUUAAACAAUUCCGAUGGAAGCGAUCAAAUCGAUGUGAAAAAUAUCGAUUUGCAAAUAUUUAAAUCCGGGAAAAAUCACGUGAUGUACAACAGCAGUUACGAUUUCGAAAACAUCAUAAUGGAGUCGUCGUCGUCGUUGUCGCCGCCGCCGCAACAACAACAAAACGAUAAUAAUAAUAGGAAAAGACACGUGAGUGAGAGUUGUUUAGAUGGUAAAAUGAGAAUGGGAAAAAAUUUUAGCGUAUCACGUUCGAGCAGUUUGGAAAUGUUACCCAAAAUAGAAGAGGCACGUGAGGUUAUCGAAAUAUUAUCGGGAACUCAUUUGAAAUCAUCAUCAUCAUCAACAUCGUGUCAACAAGAAUUGUUUACGGAUUCGUGUUUGAAUUUAUUAUGGCCUAGACCGCAAAAAAUAACAAAAUUUUCCGAACCUGGUUUUGUACCGCAAAAACAACUUCACAUAUCCAUAAGCGUACCUGCAUUACUCACACUAGGUUAUUCCGUUAAAAUAGGCGACGUUCAACCGAGUUUUGGUAAAUUUUCAAGUUCGCCCAUCGAAUGCACGGUGAACGGUAAUUUAUUUUCACGUUCGGAUACCUAUCAGAUACACAUAAAUUCCAGUAAGGUUCACAUUACGGCAAACAGUUUGCGAGGACUUCAUUACAGUAUUUUAACUUUUACUCAGAUGUUGAAAUUAAGCGAAAAUUCAGUAUUGCCUUCAGUAUUAAUACACGAUUAUGGUUGUCUACGUCACAGAGGAGUCCUUCUCGACAUAUCGCCGAGAGGAAGGAUUCCGAAUUUGGAAUUUUUAUUUUCAAUAAUAGAAACUUUGUCGUCGUUGAAAAUCAAUUACCUUCAUCUUUACACGAGGUUACUACCGAGUAACGAAUGGCAAUUGUGCUAUUCUAAAAGAGAAAUGGUUGCGAUAGAUAGGAAAGCUCAAGAUCGAUUUAUCAAUCUCGUACCUGUAUUAGACGUGGAUGAUAAUUUCACGGGAGAAGGAUUGGAGUCGAUGUGGCAAUCAUUCCAAGAAAUUCUAACGUGUUUCCCGAAUUUAACGUACGUUCACAUAGGACCCAGACUGACGGCACUUUUGAUACAAACGAAAGAAAUCACGGAAGAAUUGGACGACACGACGAGCAGUUGUUCGAAUUCUAUAAAUAAUCAAAGCAUUCAUAACGAAAGUUAUUGUUUAGGUAGUAAUUUAGGAUUUCACAGGUUGUGGCCGACGUCGGCCACUCUCAUUGUCUGCGCGAAUAGUCUUAGAGGAAUAAAAAAUUUCGUACCUAGAAAUGUUAUUUUAAUGGAAUACGGGUUUCAGGCCGAUUACGAUUUCAAAACGUGGAGUAAAGCGUUUCAAAAUCAAGGCGGAAUUAUGGGUUUUUGUCCAGGUACGGCGAGCUGGAACAGUGCCGUGACGGCAGCGGUAGAAGAAAACGCUGUCGGAAUCGUCGUCGCUCACUGGUCCGGAUCCUACCAUUUGACACCUCAUCCGUUUUCCAGCACUGGAUUUUUAGUGGGGGCUGGUUUAAGGAUAUUAGGUAAAAUUAUAUUGGAAUUGGGUCACAUCGAAACGUACGUUUUGCGUUGCUCGCGAAAUCAGAGCCUUUUGAACGUGAGCCAGUUGCCGGAUCAAGAGGGAACGGCUUUGUACAAAUUACUAACGGAUUCGGACAACGUGAAUCUCGAACAUUUCUCGCUGGACAUAUUCGCCAAAAUUUCGAAAUACCUGAAGAAAUGUCAGAAGGAAUUAUUCAAGGUCAAGUUAAGUUGCAAUUUCGGCGAGAUGAUAAUCCAAGAGAUUUUACUGAGCGUGGAUUUGAUGCUGACGGCUUGCAGGAUCGGGAGAGCUUUGCUCACGGUCGGAGUGAAUCCGAAUUCGAACAUGGGACUCACGGUCAUCAAUUUAGGAAUCGAAAAUCUUCCGCUCACGUUCAGAACGGACAUAGCAAACAAGUAA